GCAUGACCCACUCAUUCUUGUGCCUUCCCCUUGCACUGUGAAAUUAAACCAAAUUUGCUUUAAGUAUAUCGUGCAAGGUGUGUUGGCCGGAGCAGGCCUAUAUGCUGAUAUUUUACAAUAAUGACAGUAUUAAUGUUUUUUUUUUUUUUUAAUUUUAAGAAAAACUCUGCCCACUUAAAAACACUCCUGACAAUGACUUCUACUUCCAAAACUAACAUAGGGCAACUUUUUCAAAACAUUGAAUUUAAUUCUUGAUUUGACUCUGUGUUGGGAGAACGACAAACCCACCUACUGCCUGGUUCACCUACCACCCCUCACCAAAACCGGAAACUGUUCAGCCGAGGGGCGAGGAGUGAGGGAAACGCGAUGCUGGAGAAGGGAACAGACUUUUCUGCUCUCACAACAACCACCCGCACAGAAGAAAAAAAUCCAUGUUUCAGAAAGCUACUCCAGUCAAAGUUAUGAUGAAAUCUCAUAGACCCACGGCCACAUGCGCUCUCUAAAAGCUAGACUGGACUGUACGCGUUUGAAUGGUAUAGCUUUCUGAAACAAGUGAGAACGUUCAAGGAUUUACUGCACACCGGUAGAGAUUUCUUUACAACUUCUUCAUUAUCCUUUAUCUUGGACUGUUUUUACCGAUCGACGAUUUUUCUUUAAACGCAAACAUGACUUUAUCGCUUGAAGAUAAGCAACAACCUCGCCGACUAAAAUUGGUGCUGAAUAGACCACCUUAUGAACGGGUGCCGCUGUCGACAAAGGGUGCCACUGUUUUUGCGAUCCUGGCAUUGCUCAGUGAAGUCUUGUGUGCACAUGCAAACCUCCAGUUUAGUGAGGGGCCGAAGUCCCAGGAUGCAUUGCACGGGCGCAGCGCCAUGCUGCGCUGUGAGGCCAGCAGCCCAGAGGAGGUGGCCUACACCUGGCUGCAGAACGGGGUGGCGGUCAACAACACGGAGCGCCGCUACCAGGAAGGAGGAAACCUGAAGUUCACCGCUGUGGAUCGAACCCUAGAUUCUGGAAACUUCCAGUGUGUGGCCCUCGUCAAUGCCACAGGAGAACAAACACACUCCAACAACGCCUCCUUCAACAUCAAAUGGUUGGAGAGUGGUGCGGUGACGCUUCAAGAGCCGGCUUCAGAGACGGACAUUGAGAGCGCCGCUGUUGUGACGUUACGCUGCAAUAUUGAUGGGCACCCAAGGCCAACAUGCCGCUGGUACAGAGAUGGCGUUCAUCUCACAGAGCGGGAUAAGAUCCAUCGCAUCAACAGCAAAGAGCGAACACUCACGCUACCUAGCGUCACGCCAGACAAUAACGGCGUUUACUACUGCUGUGCCAAGAACCCCGCUGGACACGCCUGCAGCAGCCUCAACUUCACCCUCAACAUUAUUGAUAAAAGCUAUCCUCAGCCGGUGGUUAGUCCUGAGGAUCAGGUUGUGCUCAAGAAUGAGGAGGCCAUGUUCCACUGCCAGUUCACAGCUGACCCGCCCCCCACUGUGGUCUGGUAUCACGAGGACGAGCCCAUCGCCAACAAGUCUCGUGUGUUCCUGAUGGGAAAUGGGUCCCUGUUCAUCACCCAAGUGAAGCCACGGAACACUGGCGUCUACAAGUGUGUGGGCAAAGGGCCGCAGGGCCAAGCUGUGACCUUAGAAGCAUCCUUACGACUGGCUGAGCUAGAGGACACGACCGGCAGCAUGUCUCGCAUCUUCGCGGCAGACUCCCUGGAGCGGGUGUCAUGCCGCCCACCGCGUGGCCAUCCAGAGCCCCAGGUGUGGUGGGAGAGGGAGGGGAAGCGGCUCCCUUCAAAGGGACGUGUGCACCAGGACGGCCUGGACCUGGUCUUCAGCCCCACAGAAGGAGACGACUCGGGCCUCUUCACGUGUGUGGCCCAGAACAAGGCUGCCACGAGGAAGCAGGAGCUCACUGUGACCGUGGCCACCCCGCCGGUGUGGGUUCAGAAGCCCGAGAAGAGUGAGCUGCGAGAGGGACAGGCAGGGUACCUGCACUGCCAUGCCAAAGCUUCUCCGGAGCCGGAGGUCACCUGGUACAGGAACCACGCCCCUAUUGAUGAUGAGGAUGUGCGCUUCAAGCAGUUUCCUAACGGGACCCUCCGCAUCAACAGUGUGGAGGUUUAUGACAAGCAUAUACAGUACAGCUGUAUGAUCAGAAAUGAAGCUGGCAGGCUGACGGCCCACGCCAGUGUGUUAAUACUAGAGCGUCUGAAGUUCACGCCAACCCCUCAGUCAACCCAGUGCCUGGAGCUGGAUAAGGAGGGCAGUCUGCAGUGCUCUGCCAGGGGACAGGAAACCCCCACAGUCCAGUGGAUCAAAUCUGACGGCAGUGAGAUCCCACCAUUGGUGACACGGAAUGGGGGGACACUUCACUUCUCCAAGGUGAUGCAGGCGGACGCUGGGAACUACACCUGUGUUGCCUCAAACAGCCUGCAGGGGGAGAUCAGAGCAGAGGUGGAGGUCACUGUGGCAGAGUAUGUUUCCUUUAAGCUGGAGCCUGAGAACACCACUGUGUACCAGGGCCACACCGCCGUGCUGCACUGCCAGGCCAGCGGAGACCCUGCUCCCUACAUCCAGUGGAAGAAGAAGGACGCACGGGCCAUCAGGAGCAGGUACCAGACGAUGCCCAACGGGUCUCUGGUCAUCCAUGACGUGAGCGUGGAGGACACUGGCAGCUACAUCUGCAUCGCUGGGAAUAAGUGCAACAUCGGCCACACCUCAGCGGAGCUGUAUGUCGUGGAGAAGCCUGUGCAACACUCUCUGGAGGUUGAGAGAACCCCGUAUAAGAUGAUUCAGACCAUUGGCCUGUCCGUCGGAGCGGCGGUUGCUUACAUCAUCGUGGUGCUGGGCCUCAUGCUGUACUGCAAGAGGAGACGCAACGCCAAGCGGCUCCAGAAGGGUACCGCGGAGGGGGAGGAGCCAGAGAUGGAGUGCCUUAAUGGUGAGGGGGGCGCCACUGUUCAGCAGAACGGUCAGACCACAGCAGAGAUCCAGGAGGAGGUAGCCCUGACCAAUAUGGCCACCACAGGAAAUGCCAACAAGCGCCACAGCAGCCACGACAAGCUCCAUUUCCCCCGGGCCAACCUCACCAACAUCACAACACUUGGGAAGGGGGAGUUUGGUGAGGUGUUCCUGGCCAAGGUGAAGCUGUCCGAGGAUGAUGAAGAAGAGGCAGUGGUGCUGGUGAAGAGCCUGCAGACACGCGACGAGCAGCUUCAACAGGAGUUUCGCCGAGAGGCCGAGAUGUUUUCCAAGCUUUGCCAUGCAAACAUUACACGCAUAGUGGGCAUGUGCAGGGAAGUGGACCCAUACUACAUGGUCUUGGAAUAUGCCGACAUGGGAGAUCUGAAGCAGUUCUUAAAGAACUCAAAAUGUAAAGAUGAGAAAGUCAAGCUGCUCAGCACCAAACAAAAAGUGUCCGUUUGUCUGCAGGUUGCUAAGGGGAUGGAACACCUCUCUAACGGACGUUUUGUGCACAAAGACUUGGCUGCUAGGAACUGCCUCAUCAGCUCCAAGCGCCAUGUCAAAAUAUCAGCACUAUGUCUCAGUAAAGAUGUUUACCACGGUGAGUACCAUCAGUACCGACAGGCCCGGGUCCCCCUGCGCUGGCUCCCUGCAGAGGCUGUCUUUGAGGAUGACUACUCCACCAAGACAGAUGUAUGGGCAUUCGCUGUGCUUGUGUGGGAGGUCUUCAGUUUUGGAGAGCUUCCAUAUGCUCCUUUGGAUGACGACAAGGUCCUAGAGGGUCUUCGUGAGGCGAAGCUGAAGCUGACUCCUCCACACGGGUGUCCCUCACGGGUCUAUAAACUGAUGAUGCGCUGCUGGGCGCCCAGCCCCAAAGACAGAGUCUCAUUCAGUGACAUCGUCGCCGCUCUCAGUGAGCUGCCCUCUGAAAGCAAAGUUUAAGAUGGCCAUGGUACUCAUGUGUGUGUGUGUGUGUGUAUGUGUGUGUGUGUGUGUGUGUGUGUGUGUGUGUGUGUGUGUGUGUGUGUGUGUGUGUGUAUCUGGAUGUGUUUUAUGUGGUAAGACACAUGACUGAAAUACUUAUUUCCCCCCAAAAACAUGAUAUUUUAGUGAAGUUAUGGGGUGAUACAAAUGUACUGAACAACCAUAUGCCAUUAACAAAGGGUGUUUCACGUUGUGAGACUAAUACUCAGACACAUCAUUCUCGUUUUCCUAUCAGUGGUUCAACUUAGGGUAGUUGAUUUGUGUUGCUUAAGUAUAGUGUGUGAAACACAAUGUAAAGGCCAUGCACUGAUCACAAGUUUUGUUUAUUUUAUAUCGCAGGAUUUUCACAUGCCUGUCUUCAAGGUCCUAUUUUAAUUUCACUUGUAUUGUACAGAAAGGUACUGUUUAUAUGUGUUUUUUUUUAUUGUUCAAAUGUAUUUUGCGUUGAAUAAUUCACCAGGAAAGAUUUGUAAAUAAAAAAAUGGUGUAGUUAUGGCUGAGCUUCACUUAAAUCCUAAGUGCCUGUUUCAAUGAAGGAUUUUUUUCCAUUGUAGCAUAUGUUAUGAACUGUCAAAAUGACUUGUACUUUUAUGCAUUUGUAUUUUUACCCCAGUGUUUUAUACCUUUUAGUGUGUCUGCCAUUUAUUUUAAUUUUGAUGUAUAAAAACGUAUAUGUUUGACUGAUCAGUCCACUAAUAUAACCGUUAAGCUUCUACAAUAGGCUCCCUUCCACCUCCAAGAAGGCUGUGAUGACAUACAUGCUGCAGAUACAAUAAAAACUACAUAGCCCAAUGAA